AUGAAGUCAGAAGUUCAAGUCACAAAGCUGGUCAAUUCGUCGCAUUUCGAGUCGGAAAAUCUCAGCUCACCCUCCAAAGCUACCCAUUCUCGACGUACACCCCUAUUGCUGUCGCUCAGCCAAUUCCUCGUCCACCAUGAUUUCCGACAACGAUCUCUACCGCCUUGCGAUCUUCCUUGGCUCCGCAGCCAUGGUAUUGAUCAUCCUUUACCACUUCGUUGA